AUGUCAACGUUUUUCAGAGGCCCGCUAUGUGGAACAGACAACUGUAGGUCGCGGCUAUGGCGUAUAAUCGAUGGGCGAAGAACAUGCCAGUACGGACACGUUAUGGAGGGUGACGUGGAGUUUAAUGACGAUGAGGACGAUAUCAAUAGUAUGGGGGUUGUUACAAGACGGUUGAACUUGACUACAAACGCUACCGGCAAUUUUCGUUCCAGCAUGAACUCACAAUCGCAGAGCAGCCAAAAAUCAAGCGAAUUUGCUAAAGUCUACGGGGAAGAAGCAGACCGCUUAUUUCUAAAUUGUUUUCAGCAUAUACUAAAGCUACAAUGUCGAUGGCUCAUUGAGAAUCAAAAGUUCCCGCCUAUCUUUCGAGACGUUGUGAAAACUAUGUGGAUGCGUCUUUUGAAAUCUCUGGACCACGAUGAAAGUGAAAACUUGGAGACCCAGAACGAGACGCCAACGGAACGUUUUAAUUACUCACAGAACCACAGCAGAAGAAUGGGGCUCUCGUUACUGUCGACUUUGGCGCUUCUGUACACGGCAGGUGUGCAUUUGAAGUUGCCAGCGUUUUGGCCAGACUAUUUGCGUUGGAUAUGCUCGAUGAAACUGAUAUAUUUCAAAGCAAACAUGCAACUACCGUCCUCGUGGCGCAAGAGUCUCCCAAACUACUAUCUGCAGGUUCUGGAGGGAGGAAAUCCGCCCACAGCUGCACAAUUUUACCACAAAUUGUCCCACACCUGCAGUCGCAUAAAAAUAUCCUACCCAAUCACUACAGAGUCGCUUUUAUUGAAGCUUCUGCUAGCAGUGAGACUCCCGCCACAUCUGUUCUUCUACACGCUAGAGCUGAUGCGUUUCACGGAAGCAAGAACUGAUUUCUGCGAGUUCGGGAUACCAGAACACCGGAGGGUCCGAGACCUCAAAUUGCACGAGUAUGCGGAGCUCAGGACAGCUGCAUACCUCAUUUUAGGCCUACGCUACAAACUACUUGAAAUGAACCAAUUUUUAAACAGUUACUGUACUGUUUGGCUAAGAGUUUCAAACCUAGGGACAUCCGACGAUCUUCUCACAAAAACAUCCUACGGCUUCUCUUCGCCUGGAUCCUGGGACCAGAAGUCUACCGAUGAAUACUUACGGUGGAUUGAACAUCAGUUUCUGCCUGCUAGCUCACGCCUCGAGUACGAGUCGCAGAGUAUAGAUCAGCGAAUCGCCAAUCGGAAACUGCAUGCUUUGUUCCCUUUGCCUAAAGAGAGCCCACUUCCAUCAGAAGUCAACUUUAAAGCCGAAUCUUCGUGCCUCAACUACAUACAAGAUGCUUACCUUUCGAUUUUCAAUGGCAUGCAGGAAUCUUUGUCCGAUUACGAAGUCUCAGGGGACAGUGCUCAAAAACUCGCCUCUCGUGUCGAGGCUCGAUUAGUAAACUGGGUCGCCCAACAAUGGGCCGUUACCGAGCCGCAACUAAACGGCUGUGUCGAACAUUUACAUUUAAGCACUAAGGCACGUCAAGCUGCAUAA